AUGGUGCGUCGCCACGGUCUUGGCUGCCGCCAGGCGACCAUGCUCUCACCACUUUCUCGAUUACUCGUCGUCGUCGUCGUCGUCCCGUUACUCCUUCUUCAUUUUGGAGUUCAGUGCGGACGGGCAGCCCCUUCCCAAGCCUCGCCGCAUGAUGUCCGUCAGGGGGGAGCUUCUCAGCAAUCUGCAGCAGUAACAUUCGGGAGUGGGGUCAUGGGAACGACGACGGCAGGCUCUACACAAAAUCCGUCGAUCCUACACCUCGCAAGCGUGCAAGAUCAUGCGGCCAUGGACCCCGACCUCUCCGAGCUGAACAAGCUCAUGCAAGACUGCGGCGCAACAUUCUACCUCGAGCAGACUCGAGAUAUGACAAUGUUUAUGCCAACGAAUUCCGCUAUCAAGGCUCUGUUGCCGAUCGAUCUUCACCAACUGCCGUGGGAAGUGAAAUGGAGACUCCUUCAGUACCAUAUCGUUCCGCAGGAAAUUAUCAACGUUGAGGAUAUUCCUUUGGAUACGUCAAAGUCUUUCAGUACAUGGGAAGGCAGCACGAUCAAAAUCACUCACAAACGACGCGCAGCCAACUCCAAUUUGCGGGGCCAGUCUGCCUCGUCAGCUCCCGCUUUGUACCUGGUGAACGAUAUCAGCACUGUCGUCAGCGACCCUCCACGAAUCGAGAACUUCAAUGGAGCGUCUUACAAGAUCGACCGCGUGAUCAUCCCUCCUGAUAUGGACCUCAGAUCAGUUGAAGCGGCACCAGUGGAGAACCGCCAGAACCCCGAAGUAAGACAUCAGGAGCCGAGAGAACAGAAGCGCGGACAUGGAAACGCCACCAACCGCCCCACGCCCACAAAUCGCCCUGCAGCGAAGAAUAGAACGGGCAGAGACGAAGACGGGAAUGACAACUCCCGAGCUCCUGCAACUCAUGGGGGGCGUCAGCAGCGCCAUCAGAAGCCACAGGCAGGAGGGGAAGAAGACGGUGUAGAGAAGACGCUGCAGAACUUAACUCCCGUUGGACACAACAGCCAGACUCCCGUUGGAAAUGGAGCUCAGGCACCAGACUUUUUGCAAAAUAUCAACAAACAACACGCACGCUGGAAUCAAGAUCUCUACCUCGGGACGCGAAUCAUCGGUGACGCCGAGAACACGGCGACCGAAGCGAUGAAGCCUUCUACUGGAAUCUUCUCUCCGUCGACAAUCAGUGCCUUGGGCCUUCCAACCCUCCGAUCUUCUUCAGCCGGCUCCAUCGCACGAUCACCAGCGGCCAUCUCAACCCUGGCUAUUGAAGAGGAGCAAUUCCCAGAUUAUCCGCCGAAUAGCAUUCAAUACAACCAGAAUGGGCCUCGACCGACGCAGUUCGGCGUCCCGCUUUCACCUGAAGCUGACGGGGCCGGCAUCGUGCUUCCGCCCCAUCCAUUCGAGUCUCUUUUAGUCGGUAAUGCCCCCCAAAAACCUAAGCAAGCAGAAGGCGACGAAGUUUUGACAGCGGCGAAUAAUAGUGCCGGUCAGCCAUUGCCAAGUGGCAAGAAAACAGAGGACUACAGACACGUAGAGCGAACACCAGAAGACAGGGAGCACCACCUGGAGUCGCCUAAACAGACUGACGCCCGUGGAGCGACUUCCUCGUCUACGCUUUUCCUAGGAGAAAACUCAGACCAAACUGCGGAUAUAUCUGGAAGCCUUUUUUCUACUGCUGAUACAAUCCAAUUCGAUCCGCAUGUUGUGUCGCCGUCGAUUGCCGCCUUGGGGCUCGCUGACGGUCUGCUACCCGUCGAAGAGCUUCUCACACACUUUUGGAGCAAACCCGUCAGCACGAAACCCAGCGAAACCCAAGGCACCUCUGCAGAAGAGGAUGCCAGCGCAAACGGAGGGCGAGGAGAGUUUAGAGAGAGCUCCACACAAGGCCGGCAUCAGAAAAGCGCCUGGGGCGCUCAAACUCGCCCUGGUCCUCUAGGCGACCUCGCACAUCUCGUAGCUCUGCCUGGCGAGUAUGCCCACGCGUAA